AAUGCCAAAAACCUCAACAUUAAGAAUUUCUAUUUUCGUCUAUUGAAUGGGCCUCGAGAAACCAUCGAAGUGUAGACGGGUUUGAUCCUUCAGGUGAAUCAGGUCUUCGGCUCUUUGCCUCCCUGCGCCCCCCUCUCUGUCACUCACUGUCUCUCCCUGCUGCAACUCUACAUUCCAACACUUUUCUUGUAUCACAAUCCUGAAUCUGGUUUUUAUCGACAAUAUUCAGAUCUUUUCUCUGUUCUUUUGUCAUUCCUCUGUCGUAUUCUUUACUGCAUUUCUCACCCUCUCUUCUCAAUUUAAAAUCUGGUCCUUUUUAAAAUUUGAUUUUAAAUUGUGUAGUUUAAACGACCACAAUUGACCUUUAUAAUCAUUUUCAGAUUCUGGGUUGUUCUUUAGCCUUGAAAAAAUUAUGUGGGCAAGUGUAAGACGAAAAGUUCUUACUGGCAGCAAGUCUGCUUCUUUGGUCGGUUGUGAAAGUUCUUUCUUUUGUUUGAGUUUAUUUGCUGUUUCUACGUAUAUAGCCUUCAAAGCCUAUAUUAUUCUAUUUAAGACAUGACUGUGGUUUUAUUGAACUCAAGUUUACUUGUCUGCGUUUUCUUUAAAAUAGGUUUUAGAACGGUCAUUUCUAGGUACUCAAUCUAAUUUGGCAUUAUCAUCACGAUCUUACUCUAUCGCCUUGAAGGAGAUGCUGCCAAGAAGAUCAAACAACUCACAAUAUGUUGAUUCCCAUGGUUAUCUAAGAUUUCCAGUUGGUUCAAGUCCUGUAAGGGAAGUUAUCUCAUGUUUCAGAGUGGAUCCUUCCAUUUCUAUACUGAGCAAGGCAUUUUCUUCAGAUAGGCCUAAAACGUCUAUUUCACCGUCAAAAUCUUCAGCAACAGAAUCUCAACUGCCUCCUAAUGAAGGGGCAAGAAGAGUAAGACUAAAAAGGCAUGUUGCAACAAGGCUUCCUUUCGUUGAUGCAUUCCUCUUGAAGAUGAAGAAGGAAAAAGUUCUACUUGCUAACAAGAAAAUUUGGUCACAUCGUUCUGUUAUUAUACCUGAAUUUGUGGGUUACACAGUACGAAUUUACAAUGGAAGAACAUUUGUUCAUUACACACGAAGCCGAAGUCUCUUUAGAGUAAGUACAACAGCAGGAAAAAAGAAGGGGAAAAAAUAGGCUAAAGUGCAAAUGGUACGAAAAGGAAAUCUUAGUUUUUUAGGACUUUAUAUGAACUAAGUCAAAUCUGCUUGCUGAUAAUGACUGUGAAGGUUCCAAAUCUUCUUGUGUUAUCUUCUUAGUCUCUUUAAGAAUUAAGAAAUAACUCUACAAAACAUGAAUCGACCAUAUUUCCUUUCAUCAUCUGAACCAUCUUGGACUAGUUUUUUGUGAUUGAAAUUUGUAAGGAAACGUAAAUUUCUUUUACCAGGACCUAUGAGGAUGUAAAUUUUUACGAUUGAUCAUUCUCCUUAGUUCAAUAAGAAAGCAUAUUCUCUGGAUAAAGAGUAAAGAGCAUUUGGAGAUGCUCAUUUGGAGUUUGAAAUUUUCUGGCAGGGUGAUUAGAUUAAUUUUGACGAAUAAAGUGAGGGGGAGUAGCCUUCCAACUUGUUUUCCUUGAGCAAGGCAGGCUUCCUUGUAAAAAGAUUUGUGUCUAUGUAUGCAAAACAGAUAUCGAAAGGUUUAAAUUAUCUCCAUGAGAGAAAUGUUGUUCACAGGGAA